AUCGUCCGAUCAUUUAACCCGACAGCCACAAGAUCGUCGACGAUGGGCAAAUGAAGGAUGAGACUGAAAAGACAGGACGAGACGCUGAACAGGCCGAACAGAUAUUGGAGGAACCUCGGUGCGCCAAAAUUAAGAGAGUAACACUGAUCAUAUUGUUUGGUCAACUACUCUCUAUUUUUAUUGCCGGCAUGGGCGUUUGUGUGACCCUGUUAACUCAGAAUGGAGUGAAUCUUCCAACGGCGCAAGUCCUACCGCACUACUCCCUUAUGGCGCUGAUGUUCGGGUCCUAUCGUGUCUAUGUCUACUGCAGACAGAAGCGUCUCCCUAGCCCACUGAAUCCCACAGGUGAUAUUGUAAACAGGACGACCGUCGAGAAGCUUGCCACAGCAAAAUCAUGGCUCUUAUGCGCGACUGCUGGAGUCAUCGAUGUUCAUUCUACAUGGGCUACGCUGACUGCCUACAAGUACACGAACAUGGUCAGCGCUCAAGUUUUGGACUGUGUUGGCAUCCCUACCACAGUUGUUCUCAGUUUCUUCAUUCUGAAACAUCGGUACAAAUGGACGCAUUAUGUGGGGAUAAGUGUCAGUCUGGUCGGCACAGCCAUGAUGAUUACGGCUGACGUCCUUGUGGCUCCGGUAAACCCUUUUCAACCGCAGUUCACAGGAGACGAUGCAAAACGGAAUGUCAUUAUUGGUGAUUUGUUGGCGAUUACAGGAGGCAUUUUAUACGGAAUGUCAAGCGUAAUACAGGAGUAUGCCACUUCCAAUUACGGUGCCAGCACCUAUUUGUCAAGAGCCACACUCUUCUCAGCAGUUUUGAGCGCCGUUUAUUGCGCUGGUCUGGAACACAAUCACCUGACUGCACUCUUGUUCACUGGAUAUCUAUCCGGCCGGAAAAUACCAUAUGAAGCUGUAUACUACUAUCUCGGCUACCUAGCAGCCAUGUUUGGGCAGGACACCUUGACCGCGUUCACAAUUAAACGGACCACUGCUGCGUUUCUCAAUCUAUCCCUAUUGACUUCGGAUGUAUACGGUCUUGGAGCCGGAAUCUGGUUGUUUGGCACCAAAUUUCACUACCUAUUUUUCAUAGCAUUCAGCAUUAUUAUUACUGGAGUAAUAAUCUUCUCAUUACGAAGGCCAGAAGAAGCAACGAAAGAAUCCGGAUCCCAGCAACAAAAGCAAGCUUCGAGUCAGAAAUGUUCCAAAGCACUUUAUCAGACAUAAAGAUUAAGCAUGGAAACCCAG